UCGAGUCGAGUUCGGUCCGUCGAUCCGUUUGCCUGGAAAUCGUAUCGUUGAGGUCAUUUUUGAUUUUUUUUUGUUUUUCGCAUCGAACGAUAGAAGAACAAUUAGCGAACCCGUGUAGACGUGCCGACGAUAGUCGAACGUCGCAAUUGCAACGAUAACAGGGACACCCUGUACGAUACGCGUACACCUAUGGUCGCAUUACUAUGUUACGUGCACUACGCGCGCGCGGCCGUUUGCAGCUGUCCCCGGGUGGCGGCCGCCGCAGCGGUCGCGUGCCCGAACAUCUGCCCCCCAGCGCACAACAACACAUGGCCCGCCUCCCGCCCGUCGUCGUCAAAACACAACUGGUUGCAGUCGGCCCAGUCAAACGUCGUCGCCGUCACCGUUGGAACACACGCGCGCGCGCGCUUCCCAGCAUAUUCUCGCCCCGUUAACCGUGCGGUCGUCAGGAAACGGACGCGGAGGACCAGAAGGUUUUUCCCAGGACGAUCCGGAGCGGUCGCGUAUGAUAAUACGUUGGAUCGGCAUAUAACACACACACACGCGCAAGAAGAAAAAAAAAACAGGCCGGAACGUCGUCGACGCAGUCAUGUCGCGCGGUUACUGCAACGGCGGUUACAACAACAUGUGCGAAGUGGACCACCGGUACGAGGAGAUACCGGACAUCGAUCCGUCAAUGGACUUCUUGCAGAUGGACGACACGUCCGCAUCGUUCUACUACAUGGAGUCGCCCACCCGGUUGCGCAGACCGUCGGCCGCGGACACGCCGGACCCGGCGGAACGGUCGUUGCUGUUGCGCGCCCAACAGCACAACCACUACCAACAGCUGCAGCAGUUCACCAGCAGCGCGCCACCGCCGGCCAGGGCUAGACGCCACACGCCGCCGCCGCCGCCGUCUUCCAACGGCAGGACGGUGGCCGCGGUCACGCCGUGCAAGGCCAGGCGUCGGUUGGACGUGUACGGCACCGGUUGCACGGUCAGUCUGCCGACCACGCCGUCCGGCGGCGGUGGCGGAAUCCGGUCGUCCGACGUGUUCGCGCCGAUGAUGGCGCAGACGACGCCGGCCGCCAGCAAACCGGCCACGGUCCGCCGGACCAGGUCGUCAGCCGCGCUUUACAACAAACACAAGCGGCCGCCCGAGUUCCUCUCCGAAUACAACUUGGACACAUGCGUGCCGGCCACCGGCGUCCAGUACAACCGGCCCAGGAACACGGCCGUCAUACAGCCGAUCUACAAGGCUCCGUCGUCUGUGUUCCAGGUGGAGGAGAAGACGCCGGAGUCGCCCGGCAAACCGUCGUGGUCGCACACGCCGCCGGCCAGGACGCCCGUCCAGCUGCUGCCGGUGUGCACGCUGUGGUCCGCGGCCAUGGUGCUGGUGGUGUCGGGCACGGCCAGCUGCAUGCUGUGCUUCUACCUGAUGUCGCGCCGCGGCCGCCUGUACUACCUGAACGCCGGGCUGCUGGCCGCCGCGGUGUGCCUGGUGCUCGGGUUCCCGGGGUUCCGGUCGCAGCAGUGGCGGUGGCUGCCCAACCGCAACUACGUCACCGGUUACAUACUAGUGGCGCUGUUCAGCGCGCUGGAGACGUGCGCGCUGUGGCUGAUGUGCCAGAGCACCGUGCUGGACCCCGCGCUCAACGACAUCGGCGCCGGCGUGGUGUGCGGCAUAUCCGCGCUGUCCGUCACGCUCGCCUGCCUGGGCGUCAGCACGUCGUACUGCUGCCGGUACCCGCCGCCCGACAACCGGGUCGCUCACGCCGUCGAAGGGUUCGUCGUGUAGACCGCGCCGCGGUACAGUCACCGACCCGUGUCCUCCGCUCCGCGAACGUCGAUCCAUCCGGGAGGCUUCGGUCUUAUCGAAAAACCGCGUCGAAAUACCGUGCUCGACGCACGGGUUUUUGCGUAUUUUUUUUUCCACAACCGACCGCAUCAGAAGUGUAUCCGAAAAACCUACCGACCUGCAGUCGACCGGUUAACUUUGAAUUUUCUCCGGUCCGGAGCCCGACUUGUUACAUAAUUUUUCUAUCGAUCUGCGUUUAAAUUUCACGAACACUUAUAAAUACCAUAAUGCGAUCGAUUCCGUUCUUCGACUCGAUCGAAUAUUUCCACGCUCCACUUCGAUUUUUUAUCAUCAGACGUUUUCUUGGCAAAAAAAAACCACAUCGACGUUAAAAUUAUAACGCAACGCGUACAAUAUAUCCUCUCGACUUGGUUUGCAAAAAAAAAUAUGUCUGAAGCGACCGCCGAGUGGGUAUUAAUAUUAAAGUACGCGUGAACCGAGUUCCCGGUUGUUGGUGUGAUGGCAUCGGUAGCAAUAUCGCGAAAUUAUGACUAGAUAUUUAUUACAUUUAUUUUUUAUUUUUCACAUUGUGGGCAACAAUCUUUAGAACUAUAUUAUGUCAUACGAUUUAUUAUUAAAAACGUAAUAAAUACGAAUCUCUGUAUAUGUUGCAUAAAACGAGUACGUGUAAAAUGCAUACAACUUUUAUUUGAAAACGUCUAAUGUUAUAAUAUAUUUAAAGCGGUUUCUGCAAAUUCGAAUACAAGACCACAAAAUGUACAUACUUGUAGUCGUCUAGUUUUUAAGAUGAAAUAUACGUUAUGUGUUAACUAUUUAAGUACAAAUGUUUAUCGAUUUUAUCAUGUUAUAUCUAGGACAUUAUUAUUGAUUCAUAUAAGAUCAUAUUCAAUAUAUUUAAUUAAAUGAUGAUUGCAGAAACUUCACAAGUCGUAAAUUUUUUGAAAUUUAUAUAUUA